UCACUUGAAGGAGCAGAGGAUUCAGAGGAGCAAUAAUUGUAUUGAAAUCAACUGCUCAUUCUCUCGAUUCAAUGCACUUACAAUUGGUUUCUUGUCCAUUCUUUUUCACUUCUAGGCACGGGAACAGCGUGACAUAAAUUCAUCUCUGGACCAUCCUUAGAAAAAGAAAAGAUAUUUACAUUCUACCAAAUCUUCUGCAACUUGUACAUUUUAUAUGUAAUGGAGUUUUAGAUUGGAGGAGUCACAGUGUUGUAAGAGUGCCUUGGAAAUUGCAAAAAAUCUCUGUUUUUUUUGUCCCCUGCCCAUGUGAGUCAAGCUCAGCCAGACCACAGAGCUACAGAAACAUAUGGCUGGCACCUCUCUCUCCGUACUCCGUCUACAACGGAAAUUUGAAACCUCUCCUGCAACUUCGCCUCUUCCCAACACUUUCAACGGAGUACUCUUCUGCUCUUGAAUCUUUUUUAAUAAUUUCAUUCUGCAACCUGGCUUCAUUCUCAGUCCAUGGAAGCUCCACAGAAUUCAAAAAAAAGCAAUCAUGAUUGAGAUAGAUGCUUUAAGAUUAAUUUAGGGUUUAGUUAACCCUUUCAGUAUCGUACUACAUGAAGUUUACGUGUCUAUGAUAUGGUUGGUCUCCCAGUUUACGUUUUAUUGACCGGUCUCCCAAUUUCUGCUUGGGCUUGCCUAAUAUAGGAUGCUCUUGCUGCCUGCACUCUCUCAGUUUGGAUUGGGUUGUCUUUACGUUUUGCUGGGCUGCAGCAUUAUUAUUGCCAAUUUUGUUUGGUGUUUUCCUCUCUUUUCUUCGCAAUUCUUGAUGUAGGGGACAAUUCGUCAGCUAUCAAGUUGAUGCCAAAUUCGUCAGCUAUCCUCUACUGUCUCAAAGCUUCUUUCAAGGCAGAGCUUUGAUCUGUGAUACCAUUACUUCAGAAAACAAAGUGCUCAAAGAGCUGUGGAUAUGGUGGGGGAAGCGGAAGCAGAAGCUGCAUUUUUUGGAAGAGGGAGAUCAAACAGCCUAAUAUCUCAAUCAUUUCCCACCGACAUGACAGAAUCCAGAGAGUGCAUCACAACAACAGGAGGCAUUAUGAAGGGGGACCAGGAAGCAACUUCCAUGGGAGAUAUCCUGUGUGACAUUUUCACUUCCCAGCUAUCUCAGGGCACCACAGCUGCUACUUGUGCACAAGACUUGUUUGGCAUUCUGGACUUCUUAGAAGUUCCACAGGAGGCUUCCAAAUUCAUGAGCCUGAUAGAAGAGAGCAGCAGUACAUAUAACAACAACAACAACAGAGAAGCAGAGAACGGCUUGGUCCAAAUACCUCAACUAAAACUGCCCAUUCUGGAGCAAGAACCUGAGCUAGAGCCAUACUCUAGCAAUAGUUUUUCACUCUCAAACGCUGAUCAGGGCACCUCAGAGCCUCUACACACCAAACAUAUGCCACACAAACCUUUAUAUUCAGUUGCAUCUGAACUCUCAAGCCGAUGUCGGCUUAAAUCAGAAAUUUGUGAAUCUCUCCUGCAGAAAUCUAAGAGCUUUCAAGCCAAAGGAGAGAUGAAUCCUAUACAGCUCUCAGAGUUUUCUGAUUCUGAAACAGACACUACUGACAAUCCCAAGCAUAAGCGUCUCAAGACAGUGACAUCAGAAGAAGGAGGAGCAGACGGCCAACGCAUGACACACAUUGCUGUCGAGAGAAACAGAAGAAAGCAGAUGAACGAGCACUUGGCUGUCUUACGUUCUCUCAUGCCGGGCUUUUACGUUCAAAGAGGCGAUCAAGCAUCGAUCAUAGGUGGAGUGAUUGAAUUCAUCAAGGAAUUACAGCAGCUGUUGCAGUCAUUGGAGUCAAAAAAGCAGAGAAAAGCUUAUGCAGAAGUGUUGAGCCCUCUGCCUUGCUCCAGCCCAAGGCCAGCGGCUCUCAGCCCCAGGUCUUUGGCAUUGCCUAUCAGCCCUAGAACCCCACAGCCUUCCAAUGCUUCUUAUCGUUUAAGAGUUCAGCCCCCAUUCAUGGAUCCAAAUUUCGAGACAGCCAAAGAGCUGGUAGCAAAUUCUACGUCCAGUGUGGCUGACGUGGAAGUUAAGAUUGUUGGCUCAAACGCUCUCUUGAAAACUUUAUCACCCAACAUGCCUGGCCACAUCCUCAAAUUAGUUGAGACCCUCGAGAAUCUCUCCUUGGAAAUAUUGCAUCUCAAUAUCAGCACCAUAGAUAAUACAGUCCUCAACUCCUUUACGCUCAAGAUUGGAAUUGAGUGUAAACUAAGCGUGGAAGAACUGGCUCAAGCAGUGCAGCAAACAUUCUCAUGCUGAGAAGCGUGGAAGAACUGGCUUAAGCAGUGCAACAAUCAUUCUCAAGCCAAGCGACCACCUGCAAAUUUAUUUGAAGUGGAUUCAUAUUUUCUAUUAAAUGCUGCUACUUGUGAGAAAAAUGAAGCCACGAAUGCAAAUGUUCAGUUAUGAAGUUAGUCUGAAACAUUAUCAGUUGUAUCAUUGACAAGUUAUAAUAGAACCCACACUCUUGAAAUUUAAAACAUCCAUGAAUAGAUCAUUUUUUACGC